AUGGGAGAGAGCCGCGGCAGCAUCGCCUUUUUCGCCACGUACCGGCCGCCGAUGCCGCUGGACAUCUUCUCCGUGCCCAACCCGCCGUCUUCGAUCCGCGACGAGGUACACCUCACCGACGGCGUCUCCUACAACUACAACUGCCGCCCCAUCCCCAAGGACGCGCUCAAGUCCCUGCUCAAGCGCCCGAAGCUCGUCGCCGAGGGCGGCGCCACCGACGCCGACGUCGACAGCGGCCGCGUCUCCGGCCUGCUCUUCGUCUCCGAGCGGGACGGCGGGCUGGAGACGCUCCGCGUUGCCCUCCGUUUCGACGACUCCGGCGGCAAGCAGACCUGCAAGGUGUUCUCCCUUGCUGACGUCUUCGGCGCCGCCGACUUCACCGGCGCUCGCCUCGAGGACAGCGGCUGCAUCGGCGGCGGCUAUAAGAUGGGCUCUCGCUCCGUCGACCACUCGCUCAUCUACGUCUCCACCAAGGAGCCGGUGGAAGAGCGGCGGAGCCCAUGGACCGUCGUGUACAAGACCAACCUCAGGACCGGCAAGACCGAGCGCCUGACUCCCAAAGGUCAAUUUGACCUGAGCCCAGCCGUGUCGCCGUCGGGGAAGAAGGUGGCGAUGGCGACGUUCCGGCCGGAAGGCUGGGAAGGCGAGAUCGAGGACCUUCAGACGGACAUCUUCGUGAUGAACGUCGAGAGGCCGCCGAUGAGGAAACGGCUGAUCAAGAACGGCGGGUGGCCGUCGUGGGCCAGCGACGACGUCAUCUUCUUCCACCGGAAGGUGGGCGACACCUGGGGCGUGUUCCGCCACGACACGAGGACGAACGAGACGGUGCGAGUGACGCCGGAGGCCUUCGACGCGGUGACGCCGGCGGCCAUCAGCGAGACCAAGGUGGCGGUGGCGACGAUCCGUCAGAAAUCCAAGUUCACCGACGUCCGCGUGGAGGCGCAGUACCGCCACAUCGAGAUCUUCGACACGGCGGCGGGGGCGGGGCAGCCGCCGCUGCAAAUCACCCAGAAGACGAGGCCCAAGACGGACCACUUCAACCCUUUCGUCCUCGACGACGGCGGCCGCGUCGGGUACCACCGCGCCAGGAGCGACCUCCUGAAGCACGGCGACGACGUUCCCCGGAACUUCCACAAGAUGGAGUCGCCGGUGAAGGACGUGGGGACGUUCCGGGUCUCCGGCGUGUUCCCGACCAUCUCCAACGACGGGUCGAAGCUGGCGUUCGUCGACAACGAGUUCAAGGCGGUGUGGGUCGCCGACAGCCAAGGCCUGCGCGUGGUGUACGAGACCAAGGGCCCCGACAACAUCUUCGCGCCGAUGUGGAACCAGAACCCCGACAAGGACAUCCUGUACGUGUGCAUGGGCCCCUCCUUCAACGCCGGCAAGCCGCUGGAGAUCUGCGCCAUCCCCAACGUGUCCAGCGGCACCCGGCAGCGGCGGCAGCUGACCAAGGGCAAGUUCAACAACGCGUUCCCGUCGAGCAGCCCCGACGGGAGCAGGUUCGUGUUCCGGUCGACGAGGGACGGCGGCGACAAGAAGCACAAGAACCUGUACAUCGCCGAGGACGCGGAGGUCGGCGAGUACAGCGGCGGCACGGUGACGAGGCUCACCAACGGGGAGUGGACGGACACGCACUGCCAGUGGUCGCCGAGAGGGGACUGGAUCGUCUUCUCGUCGACGAGGGACAAGCCCAAGGACGCGCCGGAGCUGGACAACGGCCUGGACUCAGGCUACUACGCCGUGUUCAUGGUGAAGGUGAGCGACCCGACGGUGGUGAUCCGGGUGGUACAGAGCGGCGACGACCUCGGCGGGCACGUGAACCACCCGGUGUUCAGCCCGGACGGCCGGAGCAUCGCCAUGACGGCGGACCUCGCCGCCGUGUCGGCGGAUCCCAUCUCGCUGCCGCUCUUCAUCCACUCGGUGAGGCCCUACGGCGACAUCUUCGUGGUGGACAUCGACCCGGACGACGCGAGGAAGAACAAGGACGUGAAGAAGUUCCACCGGGUGACGCACAGCCGGUACGAGUACUCGACGCCGGCGUGGACCAUGUUCGCCACGGACGACCCCAACGCGCAGUGGAACAUGCUGGUGAACAAGGACUCGUACACGCCGGCGUGCCCCUACGCGUACCCGGACGGCGGCGAGAGCUGGCACAUGACCGGACACCUCUGCAUCCCCAGGAGGUGCUGCUGA